ACUGUGAGCCGUGGGACAUGGCAUAGACGAUAAACAGUUUCUUUUCCAACACCUCCCUCUUAUCCCUGCCCGCUCUUUUUACACUCGUUAUAGCUGCCCUACAUGAUAUCCACCGGCCGAUUCUAGUUCUCCGGCCCAAUUGAUCACAAUUGCCGACCGAGGGUCCCUCCGUCUCCCGCCUCCUCCGAACCCUCGCGAUGCUCCCCCGACAGGCCGGCGCUCUGUCGCGGGCAUCUGGCCUGUCCUCUAGAGCUUCAAAUCUCGGCCCGAGGCUGCCCAGGGCGUCCAAUGCCCAGGCCCGCGCGCCCUUCAGCAAUGGCGGCCCUUCGACCUUCGCAAAGCGUCCUCAGCUGGCAGUCUGCGCGACCCUCCACACGUCGCGAUUGACCAGGCAUACGUCUCCGAUACUUCGGGCAAUCUCUACAAAGCCACUCCCCGCGCCGAGAUCACGCUUGUUCCGGUUCGCCUACAGGUCGGCGGCUGCCCUGGGCAUCUUCGUCGCUGUGAGCGGCGCAUUGGUCGUGGCUUUCUUCAUCUAUGACUAUACCACGUACAAAGAGGAUCCGCAGACGCAGGAUAUACCCGUUUCAGAGCUGGCUUUGAAUCCGCGAAGAGGUGGGCCCAAGAAUCUGCCCAUCGUGGAUUACUUCGUGGACGACGAUGAUUGCCCGGAAAUGAGGGCUAUCAAGCACAAGCCGAAGCUGGUCAUACUGGGCACGGGCUGGGGAAGCGUGGCGCUGCUGAAGCAGCUGAACCCUGGUGACUACCACGUCACGGUUAUAUCCCCGUCGAAUCACUUCCUGUUCACGCCAAUGCUGCCCUCGGCGACGGUGGGGACCCUGGAGCUGAGGUCGCUGGUCGAGCCGGUUAGAGGGAUUGUCAAAGGAGUAUAUGGUCAUUUCCUGAAAGCUAUGGCCGAGGACGUGGAAUUCUCCGAGAAGCUUGUUGAAGUAUCUGGCAUUGGUCCCAACGGCGAGAAGCAGAACUUCUACGUACCCUACGACAAGCUAAUCAUCGGCGUCGGCUCUGUUACAAACCCUCACGGCGUCAAGGGCCUCAACCAUUGCCAUUUCCUCAAGGACAUCACCGAUGCGCGGUUGAUCCGAAAUCAGGUCAUUCGCAAUCUCGAAACUGCCUGUCUACCUACGACAUCCGAUGAAGAGCGACGGAGGCUGCUCUCCUUCGUUGUCUGUGGCGGUGGACCGACUGGCGUCGAGUUUGCCGCCGAGCUGUUCGACAUGCUGAACGAGGACCUCUGCAAGUUCUUCCCUAAGAUUCUACGCAACGAAAUCUCCGUCCAUGUCAUCCAAUCCAGGAGCCACAUCCUGAAUACGUACGACGAGGCCCUCUCCGAAUAUGCCGAGAAGCGUUUCGCCCACGAUGCAGUCGACGUACAGACGAAUUCUCGUGUGAAGGAAGUCUUUGCCGACAGGAUAUUGUAUUCGCAGAAGGACGACGAAGGCAAGAUCGUGACCAAGGAGAUCCCCAUGGGCUUCUGUCUCUGGUCGACGGGCGUCUCACAGACCGACUUCUGCAAGCGUCUAGCCAAGAAACUCGAAGGUCAAAACAACAAACACGCCUUAGAAACGGAUACCCAUCUCCGCCUGAACGGUGCACCGCUGGGUGAUGUCUACGCCAUCGGCGACUGCUCCACCGUGCAAAACAAUGUCAGCGACCACAUCAUCAGCUUUCUACGCACCAUAGCAUGGGAGCGGGGCAAGGAUCCCGAGAACUUGCAAUUAAAGUACGCGGACUGGCGGGGCGUCGCAAAGCGCGUCAAAGAGCGCUUCCCGCAGGCUGCAAACCAUCUCCGUCGCUUAGAUCGGCUCUUUGAACAGUACGACGCAGACAAGUCCGGCACCCUCGAUUUCGGCGAGCUUAGAGAGCUCCUCAUGCAGAUCGACUCCAAACUCACAUCCCUCCCCGCUACUGCCCAGCGCGCUCACCAGCAAGGUCAGUACCUCGGGAGAAAGUUCAAUAAGAUCGCGCAGUCGGCGCCAGGCUUGCAACUGAACGAGGUGGACUAUGGCGAUCUGGAUGACGCUGUGUACAAGGCUUUCGAGUACCAUCACCUAGGCAGUCUGGCAUACAUUGGCAAUGCGGCGAUCUUUGAUUGGGACGGCUAUGGAUGGAGUGGUGGGCUGCUGGCGGUGUAUCUGUGGCGGAGUGUGUAUUUUGCGCAGAGUGUGAGUUUUAGGACGAGAUGUCUCCUCGCCAUGGAUUGGAGUAAGAGGGCGCUUUUUGGGAGAGACUUGAUGAACUUCUAAAACCCAACGCCGAUAGUCGGGUUCCCUUGUAAGAUUCCUUCUACAUCCGAAU